CAAAAGGGGCGAUUGGUAAGUUAUUUAUUUAGUUAGUGUCGAGCGAGGGGUCAGUGAACAGUGACAAGUGAAAUCAUGCGGUUGGUUGUUAUUAAUUGUAUAUUCCUGGUAUGGUUAGCCACGACGCUGGCGGAAGACCGGCCUCGUCGCCACCUCCACCAGAUCAAGGACCUGAUCAUCAACAAACUGUUCAGCUGCAACGAGCCCAACUGCGCCCAGCCUGAAGCCCCCGACGUUAAGUUCUACAGCAUCCCUGGCUUCAACGACGUCGUCAUCAAAGCUGUUCCAAAGGGAACCCUCGAAACAGCUAUCUACGAGAAAAUACCGCCAAAUUCACAUAUAGGCAUCGUUGGAUCCUAUCUCGGCACCAGCACUUUAAACGAAACCUACAACGCGCUCUUAGGAGUCAAGAAUCUAUUAACAUCGGGAAUUCUGAGCGGAAAAGCAGAAGUACUAAAAGAAGUAGGUCUACUACCCUCUAAGGCUCAGAUUAUCGCUAAACCUAUAAAGCCUUGCGCAGCGCCACCUGUCAGCCUGCCUUUUCAACCUGUCCCAGUCCUGGUACAGCCUCCAAAGGUCCCAGUUUUUCCAACCCAAUACUCGUACAAGCAGGUAAACCGAGACGGCUCACUGACGACUUACACCAGCUCCCUUGAGUUGGGGAACGGCGUGAGAGUGACAGAGAGUGGUAAGACACUACCAUUCAUCAUUGAUAGAGUUAGAAAAAUUCCUGUGCGUUUGCCGGUUCCAGUACUGCCGGAAGUAUCGAAAAUUUUCGUCACAGAAGUCGCUCAACCCGUUACAUACGCUUAUCAGCAAAUACAAGAUGGUAAAAUGACAUCUUACAUGGGACUACCUCCAACAUUUAGGAAACCAGGACCAGUGGUGGUCACUGAAACAGGAGUCCCUCCAUCCCCUAUAUUUCUAAUGGACAGAAUCGAGAAAGUAGCUGCAAUUGCAUCUCAUCCUAGAGGUCCCUAUCUAGACGCCCCAACACCAGUCGCAAUGAAUGCCGCAGUGGUAGGGCCUGUGCCACCAGUACCUACAGGAUAUUCUUAUUCACAAAUGGACGUCAAUGGUGGAAUGACUACGCAUUUAGCAUCUGGAGCAAAUGGCGCUGUGAUAGUCACGGAUAAUGGAAUACCAUCCGCCCCAACGAACGUUCCCGGUUUACCGGAGAAAAAUCCCUUUAGAGAUCCAACUGGUCAUGGAGCGUAUUCUUAUAGCUAUGCAUAUGCCGACGGCAGAAUGAGCAUUGAUGGAGGUGUUCCAGCUGAACCGGUAAAUGUAGUUGAAUAUAAUCCUUUACCUAUUUCUGUUUCGCCAGGUGUACCGCCUCCUUCCAGUUCAUUUUCAUACAAACAAAUUGGAGCCGGAAAAAUGACUACGUACACUGGAUCGAGUAUGUUUGAAGAGCGCGGUUCGAGUCCUGCAAUAGUUGUGCAUGGGAUGCCACACCCGAUCCCCCCACCGCAUAUUACCGACAGAAUAGAGAAAGUGGCCGCAGGGGCAAAAUAUAACAGACCACCUCUCCUUGCCGUUCCAGUUCCAACAGAAUUUGUGAGCGUUCCACCAAUUCAGCCCGUGAACGUACCGACAGCACCAGGAGCGAAUUCGUUUAACUACCGACAUAUUAACAGCGACGAUUCCAUGACAAGCUACGGUGGAUCUAGUUUAACCACUGAACAAGGUAAACCACUUCCUCCUCCUGCUAACAUGGCAACGCCAUUCUCAGAAGGCCAAGUUCGCGUAUUUGAAUCUCCAAUGUACAGUGGUCCUUUCCCCAUGAACCCGGUAAAUCCUAAUGCUGUCAAGCCCUCAACACCUGUUUCUUCUUCAUAUUCAUACAAGUUGGUGAACAGCGUGCAGGGAAGCCAUCCUCCAGUUGGACCUAUUGAUAAACCGGUUGUGGACACAUUCGCUCCUCCUUCGCCGUUGAGCCCGGCCCCUGCCCCGGUACAAGGGUGCAUUGGUGAAGACAGUGCUCAUUCCGCAGUAUAUAUUGACAGUCCUUUUACCGUAAUUGAUCCACUUGCGCCCGUGCCACUGACAUAUUCAUAUAAACAAAUCAGUCAUAGCAAUCCUAAUCCAUUCGUGGUUGUGAAUGUCGAAGACCCCGUAAGAGAUGUAAAAAACGUCAACUCGAUGCAUCAACCUAAUCAAGGCUUGCCACCUCUAGCACCGCUGGUUCCACCUGCUUCUAUUAACGUGGUAGAACACAAGCCAAUUAAAUUAAAGCCGGCGCCAUUUGUACCAGCUCCAAUUAUACCCAUGUCGUCACCACAAGCAACAAUGGAAGCAUCGCCCCCUUCAUCUUUUUCUUACAAGCAAGUUACAAGCCAAGAAAAUCAGCUUCUUGCGACCACUCAGCCAACCGUUAACUUCAUGGAGCACAGACAUACUGGGCCAUCAGCUCCGAUGAUCAACUCGCGAACGCCAGAAAUUCAAAAGGACAAAGCCUCUUCUUCCUUCUCGUACAAGCAAGUAACAAGCGACGGCGUAUAUGAAUACUCUGAUGAGUUUCCAAACGGCGUUAAGACUAAUCUGUCUCCAAGCGCAAUAAAUCCUCAAGAGAACCGUGGAGAUGUCCACAUCGAACAGAACCCAUCAGCUGUACCAAUGCCUGCGAGUCCUAUGCCUACCCCAACAAACGUUAUGCCAAGCCCAGCAAUCGCUACGCCAAAUCCCACAAUUCCAAUGCCAGUGCCAUCAAACCCGAUGCAAAUUCCUCCUGGACCAACUUUCAACAGCCAGGACUCCUUAGCUAACAACCCGAUUAUAGUACCAGAUUUCACUCCCGGUUCGACUUUCUCGUUCAAGUCAAGCAAUCCUGACGGGUCGACUAUAACGCUUAAGGACGAUGGACACAACAGCAUAGCUGUGCAGCUACAGGAAGUAACGAAGACCGAAGCUGUGAGUCAAGAGCCAACGACGACGGGAAUAGAGAACUAUCCACCUGGAACGCAAGUGUUGCAAGAAGCUACGCCUGCACCUGCAGUAGAGGAAGGACCUGCGUCUGGCCACGACAGACCGAUUCGGCGACGCCUUGUUAGAAAAAAGAAACCUGUUGUACAUAGAGGAGACAUUCCUGAGGGCGAGUGAUUAGA